AUGGCACCUAAGCCUCGCAUCAAGGCCACCGACAAAGCGGCCAAAAGCAAAGCAAAGCAGACUCCCCCUAAGAACCCACAAGCCGAAACGAUGUACAACUUGCGCAAGCGCGAGCGCCCUGACCUAGGAAAAGAAGCAGAAGCAAGGGAAGUUUCCACUGUGAAAAAGCGGAAAACUGUUGUCCCUCAAUCCAAGAAGGUCGCUCCAGUUGAGAAAGCCCGUGCACAGAAAGCCCCAAAGCCAACCGCAGCUUCAUCCUCAUCCAAGUAUUAUGCGGCAGCUAAAUCCAAGACACUUCCCAAAUCUUUGACGAAAGCAGAGAGUGCUAAGACGGGGAAAGAGCCUACACACAAACCUACUCCAACGAAGUCCAAGAGCAAGAGCAGUCACACUAGCUUAGACGAUGGACGCGAGAUCAAGAAGGUCCCGGGCGACUCGACUAAUAAAGCAGGGUCAACCGCAAAGAUUCAGCCCAAGCAGAAUGUUCCAGGUACCGCGAAGAGCUUCAGCGUAUCUGGCGCUCCUCCGGCCGUAGGUGCAGAAAAUCGAAUCGUCCAUUGUCACGCCUGUCAAAAGUACAGCCUCCGAUAUCAACCUUGA